UUCAGACCCUUACACACACUCGGCAUGCUUUCUGCAGUCCUCACAGCACCACAGCAGACCUCACCUCACUAGAAGACUUUGAGUUGGUUCAUAAGUGCAACUCUCUGACCUGCAGGAGCUCAGUGCUGGACUAUAAUUAGCGUAAAAAAGCGAAAGGUCAUUAAGCGGGGCCAAAGGUCGCUUGUCCAGAGCCAGCAUGGCCUACCCGUUAACAUGGGGAUUUCUUCUCCUCCUGUGUGAAAUUACUGCCACCUUCACUCAAGGACUAUCAAGAGCAGACAAUGGAAGAUCUGUGAGGAACGAUCCAGCUGUGUUCUAUAAUGAAGAUAACUACGAGUGGACAACCUGGUUUAACGUUGAUCACCCUGGAGGGAAGGGUGACUAUGAGCAGCUGGACGCUAUUCGCUUCUAUUACCGAGCGCGAGUGUGUGAAUCUCCACGGGCUCUGGAUGCUCGCACUACAGACUGGAUCCCAGCACGCAGCACAGGGGAGAGGGUGCACACUGACCCCGCUUUGGGAUUCUGGUGUGUUAAUGCCGAGCAGCCUGCUGGAAAAAAUUGCUCCAAUUAUGCAGUUCGCUUCCUGUGCCCAAAAGACAAGCAGCCUGAAACUCACGGAGCAUGGGGUCAGUGGUCGGACUGGAGCCCAUGUCCAGCACAGUGUGGUCAAGUAGCAGUUCAGGUGCGCACCAGAACCUGCAAAACCAAAUCUAGACCUUGCAUUGGUCAAACCAUGGAGGGCAGGCAGUGUAAAGGACCCCUAUGUCCAGGUUGUGCACUGAAGUGUGCGAGGGGCAGCGUGAAUGCAGAGUGCGACGCCUGCACGUGUCCAGACCACACCAUUCUCGGGUCAGUCCGCAGCGCGGGCAGUCUCCCAGCUCCCGGUGCAGUCGUCCUCCUCCAGGGGACAAGCGAUAAACUUCUCACAUUAACUGACCACAACGGACACUUCCGUGCGCCGGGAGUUUGCCCUGAUGGCAACACCACACUGAAGAUCAAGAUGCAGAAUCACACUCCUCAAAAGGUCAUCGUGCCACUCAGCACUGAGCAGACCACUGUCCUUCACGUGAAGCUGGAGAGAGCAAAAAAACUGUACGUACAAAAGAACCCAGAGUCCAAAGCCAGAAGAGAGGGUCAAACGGCUGCCUUUUGCUGCAAGAUCACUGGCUCACCUGAACCUGACAAUUACCAGUGGUUUCACAACGGAAGCCUGCUUGAGAGGAGUAAAUUCCAGUAUGAUGAAACUUUGGUCUUGAGGAAUCUUCAAAUGGACCAGGCUGGAGAGUACUACUGCAGAGCCAGUAACGAAAACGGAGCUAUUAAAUCAAAGCCAGCAACUCUCACAGUGAUAGGUCAAGAUGAAGCAUCAUGUAACCCAACCCCUGAAACCAACAUGAUCCGCCUGCCUCAUGACUGCUUCCAGAACCAGACAAACUCAUUCUAUUACGACGUAGGAAAAUGUCCUGUUCAAACAUGCACAGGCAAACUGGACAACGGAAUUCGAUGCAAAGAUUCGAUAUCCUUCUGCUGUGGAGUCUCCAAAAUGGAAGAGAGACACAUAACAUGUCAAGGAUAUCAGCUACCCACAAUGGUAGUAACCCAGUGUGGCUGUAAAAAAUGUGUCGAUACGAAAGCUGUAGUUCGUGGACGCGCUAUUGCGGCAGAUACUGGAGAGCCAAUGAGAUUUGGGCACAUCUACAUGGAUGGAGCGAGGAUUAGCCGAACAGGAUACAAGGGCACAUUCUCAAUACAGGUUCCCACUGACACAGAAAGACUGGUUCUUACUUUUGUAGACAACAUGCAAAAAUUUGUGAACACGACCAAAGUACUUCUGUUCAAUCCCAAAGGUGGAGCGGUGUACCAUGAGAUCAAACUGCUGAGGAAGAAGCCUCCUGUAACUAUUCGCUCAACAGAGACCAACAAACUAGAGCUUGGAGAGGUAGUGGGAGAAGAACCAAUGGCUGAGAUUGAAAUCCCACCCAAUGCUUUCUACAGGGAGAAUGGAGAGGUCUUUGUAGGGGAUGUGCAGGCCAGUGUUACCUUCCUGGACCCCAGAGAUGUUUCCACGGCUGCAGCUGCUCAGAGUGAUCUCAACUUUGUUGGGGCCGAAGGAGACACGCUGCCCUUGAGAACCUAUGGCAUGUUCUCAGUUGACUUCAGGGACAAAGAAAGCAGUGAAUCGCUAAAUGCUGGAGAGGUCAAAGUGCGCCUUGAUGCUGCCCAAGUGAAGAUGUCUGAACACUUAAAGGCAAUGAAGCUGUGGUCCCUCAACCCUGAGACUGGUCUCUGGGAGGAAGAGGGACAGUUCCAGAUGGAGAAGAAGCGACGAGGAAAGCGAGAGGAAAGGACCUUCCUCGUCGGCAACAUGGAAAUCAGAGAACGACGACUGUUUAACUUGGAUGUGCCUGAAAACAGAAGAUGCUACGUCAAGGUCCGUGCCUUCCGCAGUGAACGCUUCUUACCUAGUGAGCAAGUGGAAGGCGUUGUGGUGAGCCUGAUCAACAUGGAGCCUAAAGCUGGUUACUCCAGCAAUCCUCGAUCAUGGGGCAGGUUUGAUAGUGUGAUCACCGGCAACAACGGUGCAUGUCUGCCUGCUUUCUGUGAUGAACAGAAAGCAGAUGCCUACUCUGCAUAUGUCCUGGCCAACCUUGGUGGAGAAGAACUGGAAGCAGUAGCUUCAGCUCCAAAAUUAAACCCCAACAGUAUUGGUGUCCCUCAACCGUAUCUAAACAAACUGAACUACAGACGGACAGACCACGAUGACUCAAGAAUCAAGAAGACAGCGUUUAGCAUUAAUGUAGCAAAGCCCAGUCCAAACACAGCUGAGGAAGCAAAUGGCCCAAUUUAUCCAUUCGAGAAGCUCAAGGAAUGUGAGGAAGCUCCAUUCAGUGCACCUCACUUCCGCUUUUCGAGAGUCGAAGGAGAUCGUUACGACUACAACACCGUACCUUUCAAUGAGGAUGAUCCUAUGAGCUGGACAGAAGACUACUUGAGCUGGUGGCCAAAGCCGAUGGAAUACAGAGCUUGUUAUAUCAAAGUGAAAAUCAACAGUCCUCAUGAAAUCAACGUUCGCUCUUCUAAUAUGGGAGGCACCCAUCCAAAGACUGUCGGACAGUUAUAUGGCCUUCGCGACACCCGCAGCAUCCGCGACAUGGGCCAGUCAUCCGUCUCAGCUGUCUGUCUAGAGUUCAAAUGCAGCGGCAUGCUAUACGACCAGGACAGAGUGGACCGCACCCUUGUGAAGGUGAUCCCUCAAGGCAGCUGCAAAAGAGACAGUGUCAACAGCAUGCUGCAAGAGUACCUGGCGAACCACAUUCCGCUGCUGGUCAACAAUGACACAAACGAGUUCACCAUGAUGGCACCAUUAGACCCUCUUGGCCACAACUACGGCAUCUACACUGUCACAGAUCAAGAUCCUCGCACAGCUAAGGAGAUAGCACUUGGACGUUGCUUUGAUGGGACAUCGGAUGGCACCUCACGAGUUAUGAAAAGCAAUGAAGGAGUGGCGCUAACUUUCACCUGCGGUGACAAAGAAGUCACCAGAGAAAGCGUGUUCCAGCAGCUGCAGAAUGCACCAGGCCGAGCAGCAGCAGGGAGUUCUCGGCCAGGACGAGGCAACAGAAGACAGAGAGGAGACUCUGCGGCACUCCGCAGUAGUAGAAGAAGAAGCACUCGCAACCCCAACAAACGCACCCAAACCACACGCUGAAAGUCAAACCAAUCGAUGGGCAUGGCAAAUGGAGCGGAGUUGGCCAUGAUUACACAUUAACUUUUCAGAUUUUGCAAAUUAUUGUAUUCUUCACACUACACAGUUUGUUGCCUUGUUUUUGGGAAUUGUUUAAUUGUUGUGGUUUGCAUCUGAUUUAUUAGUGAAUGCAGAAAACUAACUAAGGUUAAUGAAGGUCUUUCACCAGUAUGAACCACGCCGAACCUGUCUGCUCUUCAAAAUAUUUUUUUUAUGCAAGACGCAAAAACUGAUGCAAUGCCAUUAGCAAGACCUAUUUUUCAUUAAAAAGUAUUUUUUCGCUUGCUGUACAUAGCUUGCCAUCGGCUGCCAGAGCCCUGAGAGAGCACAACUGGCCUUGAUUUCACUGGGUGGGUAGAUGGCACUCUUUUUCCCCUCAUCACUUCAAAGGGUGAUGUCUGCAGCUCAAGGAUGCGCUGAGCUGAUGUAUCGGAACAGAGUUGCUGUUGUCCGAGUGUGAUGUGAAGCUCAAUCAGCAGCAGUUCAAAAAGAGUCAGUGGCUGACUUCACAUGUAUCGGAGGAGGCAUGUGCUAGUCUUCACCCUCCUGGUUUUGGGGCAUCACUAGUGAUAGAAGGAGUCCUAAUGAGAGGGUUGUGUAAUUGGCCGUGUAAAUUGGGGAGAUUUGUUUUUUAUUAUAAAAUUAUAUAGAAAUAUAUAUUUUUUUCUAUCAUUGGCUGAAGCUAGCUAGUCACAACACAUCACUUUUCACAGGUCCAUAUAUCAAACAGCUAGAUAUUUGUCAUGUCACUUGCAAGGCUUCUGUAAUUUAUCAUAUUCGAUCGAUACAUGAUUCAAUAAUUUGAACAUAGAGCAUCCGUGCAAGUACUGAAAAAAUGCAGAUUUGCCUUCAACUUCAGGCUUUUGCUAAGGAUCUCUAAGAAGGGUUGCCAACUUGAAAAUCUGAGCUAAAAUUGUGUAGUGUGAACCUGGCAUUCAAAAACUCCUGAUACAAGAUUUUUGCACCUAAUAGAAUUUGAAACACCUCAGUUUUACCCUUUUCAGCUAGCUUGCAAACCCAAUAAAUCUUGACCCACCACUCAGAACCACUCUUUAAUGAAAAUACACAAUUUAUGAAGAAAAAGAAGAACAUCAGCAGUAUUUUUCAGAAAACAUAUGAAGUAGCUGGUCUUUCCCCAGGAACACAGACCUUAAAUGACUGCUAUUUCUGAUCAUAUACAUUCUAUUCACUUGUACUGUGAUAAAUAUGUACUUGAAACUGUAAAUAAAGGAAUAUUUAUUUCGUAGAUAGCAUUUCCAGCUCACAGAACACCAAACGUAUCAAGUGUAUUUGAUCUGCGUAUGUGAAAUGUAACUACAAUUGUUUUCAAAUCCAUUGUAAUAAAAAACACUAAAGGAAUUUCUUUCAACCAAUGAUUUUAUUAAAUUAGAUUCUUAAAAAACACUGCUGGAGUUUUGUCAGUCAUUUUGACCAAAUGUUUAUACUUUGUAGAGCAUAUCUUUGCAAUUUGUUAUAAAAAAAGAAAAAGAAACCUCAGAUGUCAAAUGCUGAUGCUGAGCAGACAUUUAGCCGCUCUGGCUAGAGAGCUUGCUCCUUCUCUUACUUGAUACAAGCUUGCAGAAGCUAUAACACAAGACUUAGCCCCACAUUCCUGCAUUAGUAGUAAUUUAAAUCUACCAGCGUGAGAGCAAAGUAAACUUAAGUGAGCCCAAAAAAAAAAAAAAAAA